AGAAGAUCUUUCCAUACAUGUCCAAGCGCGUGUACACGUCCACCCACCCACCCACGCACCCACUUCAUUGAUUCCCACUUUCCUUGCUACUCAUCACUCCGUCAGCACUCAGUCACACAUAAAACCCUCUCUCCAAACUCUUCACUAAACCCCCCACUCAUUUUCAGCCUUCUUCCGCUGCCGCACCGAAUAGCUUCCUCAACCAUGCUUCUAUCUGCAAAACCCUCACGCGCCUCACUGUCAUGGAAAAACCACCUCUCUUCCACGUCAGCCUUUAACAUCUCCAGUAUCUCCCUCCGUGACCGUGGCUACCCCCGUUUCAUCGUUCUCUCAAUGGACGCUAAACCUACAGUUCUCGUCGCUGAAAAACUAGGCGAAGCAGGGCUAAAACUCUUAAAAGAGUUCGCUAACGUUGAUUGCUCAUACAACUUAAGUCCUGAAGAACUAUGCACUAAGAUCUCACUUUGCGAUGCGCUUGUUGUGAGGAGUGGAACAAAAGUGAGCCGUGAGAUCUUUGAAUCUUCAGGUGGACGGUUGAAAGUUGUUGGACGUGCUGGUGUUGGCAUUGAUAAUGUUGAUCUUGCGGCUGCAACGGAACAUGGAUGUCUUGUUGUUAAUGCGCCUACAGCUAAUACUGUUGCAGCUGCCGAGCAUGGGAUUGCUCUUCUUACUGCUAUGGCUAGGAAUGUUGCUCAGGCUGAUGCUUCCAUUAAAGCUGGGAAAUGGCUGAGGAACAAAUAUGUUGGUGUCUCCCUAGUAGGCAAAACACUUGCUGUGAUGGGUUUUGGGAAGGUUGGAUCAGAAGUUGCAAGGCGAGCUAAGGGGCUUGGCAUGCAUGUCAUUGCUCAUGACCCAUAUGCCCCUGCUGACCGUGCACGUGCUAUUGGCGUGGAGCUUGUAAGCUUUGAUGAAGCCCUUGCUUCUGCAGAUUUCAUCUCACUUCACAUGCCGCUCACCCCUGCUACAAAGAAGAUCCUGAAUGAUGAAACUUUUGCAAAGAUGAAAAAGGGUGUACGGAUUGUGAAUGUUGCUCGUGGGGGUGUGAUUGAUGAAGACGCUUUGGUGAGGGCACUUGAUGCAGGCAUAGUGGCACAGGCAGCACUUGAUGUUUUCACUGUGGAGCCACCACCAAAGGAUAGCAAGUUGAUUCAACAUGAGAAUGUGACUGCAACUCCACAUCUGGGUGCUAGUACUACAGAGGCUCAGGAAGGUGUGGCAAUUGAGGUCGCUGAAGCGGUUGUUGGCGCUUUGAAGGGGGAGCUCUCAGCUACUGCUGUCAACGCACCUAUGCUUCCUGCUGAGGUGCUAUCAGAGCUGAAGCCUUUUGUCGUACUUGCUGAAAAACUUGGUAGACUUGCUGUCCAGCUAGUUGCUGGUGGAAGUGGUGUGAAAUCAGUGAAAGUAUCAUAUGGUUCAGCUAGAGCACCUGAUGAUCUUGAUACAAGAUUGCUUCGUGCCAUGAUAAUUAAAGGCGUGAUUGAGCCUAUUUCCAGUGUUUUCAUUAACUUGGUUAAUGCAGAUUUCACUGCUAAACAAAGGGGACUACAGAUAUCUGAAGAACGAAUUCUCCUAGAUGGUUCACCAGAAAGUCCAGUUGAGUUCAUUCAGGUUCAGAUUGCCAAUGUGGAAUCCAAGUUUGCCAGCGCCAUUUCUGAUUCAGGAGAGAUUAGAGUGGAGGGUAGAGUUAAGGAUGGAGUCCCUCAUUUGACAAAGGUCGGAUCUUUUGAAGUGGAUGUUAGCUUGGAAGGCAGUAUCAUUCUUUGCAGCCAGGUUGAUCAGCCAGGAAUGAUUGGAAAAGUGGGUAGCGUCUUGGGUGAGGAGAAUGUAAAUGUCAGUUUCAUGACUGUUGGAAGGAUUGCUCCUAGAAAGCAAGCUGUUAUGGCUAUUGGGGUGGAUGAACAACCCAGCAAGGAGUCACUGAAGAGGAUUGGGGAAAUUCCUGCCAUCCAGGAGUUUGUUUAUCUUGGAUUAUAGGGUACUAUAAUUUUUGCUGAAUUCUCUAUGAAGCCAAUUUUGGGUGAUGUUGUUGUUUACAAGUAGUUUGAUAAUAAACCACUCGGCUCUGCAAUUACAUGUAUUUGUACUGUAUUGAGUUUUCAAUUUGACAUUUCGUAUUUCUUUUGGCUUUAAGAGAAUAUAUGAGCAUUUACGUGUUC